AUGAAUUUUUUUGAUAUUUUAUUUUUUUUUUGUUAUUUCAUGAAUUUUCCUGUCUUAAAAUUUGACAAUCAGAUAAAGAUUUUAUCAAAUGGAUGCUUGGAUCAUCUUAUAUUUACUCUUUGAGUAUAACUUUUUUUUACAAAUCUUUAUAUACAUCUUGAAAUCUGAUUUUCAAAAUUUUAUCAAAUCAAAAGCAAAAUAAAUUUUGUCAUAUCUAAUAAAUAUCCAAGUCAUUGUUCCAAUUUCUAACAUGCAUGCAGAAAACCAAAAAGGGUAAAUUGGCAAAAUCCAAACACCAAGGGUAGUUCUGUCAACUGCCAAAUGAAAGUUUGACUUCUAAUUUACCAGUUCCAGAUCGGAAAGAACAAGCUCGGUUUCAAGAUUCAUGAAUUCAGUAUUCAUGUAAUUAAUCCACCGACUCAACCCAGCUGUUUUCUCUCUCGUACACACGCACAAAUCAUUAAAUUAAUCCCCACAGAUCUAUUGGCCGAAAGACAACACACCCAGCAUAAGAUUCUUCUUCUGUCUUUUUCAUCGUUAUCGAUAAUUUCAGAUCAUAGUGUUUUCUGCUUCAAACUUGAAUUGAUUUUCGACUUUAUUCCAGUUGGGUAUUGAAGAUUCUUGCAACUGUUUCAUUUAUGGUUCGUUAAAGUUGCGGGACUUAGUGUUGUUUUUCAGAAAUAUGGAUGAGUCAAGAGGAGGAGGUAGAAGAGUUGAGAAGAGAGUUUACGACGAAGAAGAUGAUGAUGGUAUGCCUCAAUCGAAGAAACCCAAAGUACCGGGUUUAGCGAGCGUAAUUGUGGAAGCUUUGAAGGUCGAUAGCUUGCAAAGACUUUGCUCCUCUUUAGAGCCUCUUUUCCGUAGAAUUGUAAGUGAAGAAGUAGAGCGUGCUUUGACUAGAUUUGGACAUGGUCAAAUUGAUGGAAGAUCUUCACCACCAAGAAUACAAGGUCAAGAAGGAAAAGUUUUACAGCUUGAAUUUAGAACAAGGAUGCCACCUCAUCUAUUUACAGGUGGCAAAGUUGAAGGGGAGCAAGGAGCAGCUAUACAUGUUGUGUUGUUAGAUGCAGCCACAGGGAAUGUGAUACAAACUGGAGAAGAAUCAUCAUCAAAACUGAAUGUAGUAGUGCUUGAAGGCGACUUCAAUGAAGAAAACAAUGAAAACUGGAGCACUGAGCAUUUUGAAAGUCAUGAAGUCAAAGCACGUGAAGGAAAAAGACCACUUUUAACAGGGGAGACACAAGUCACAUUGAAUGAAGGAGUUGGAACUUUGGGUGAUCUUACUUUUACAGAUAAUUCGAGUUGGAUUCGAAGUAGAAAGUUUAGACUUGGUUUGAAGGUAGCUUCUGGAUAUUGUGUUGGAAUUAGAAUUCGUGAAGCUAAAACCGAGGCUUUUGCUGUUAAAGAUCAUAGAGGAGAACUGUACAAGAAACAUUAUCCGCCUGCUUUACACGAUGAAGUUUGGAGAUUGGAUAGAAUAGCAAAAGAUGGAGCAUUGCACAAAAAGUUAAUGAAUUCUGAAGUCAUAACUGUAGAGGAUUUUCUCCGUGUUCUUGUUAGGGAUCCACAACGACUGAGAAAUAUUCUAGGGAGUGGAAUGUCAAAUAGAAUGUGGGAAAACACAGUUGAGCAUGCAAAGACUUGUGUUUUAGGAGGGAAGUUGUAUGUAUACUAUGCAGAUUUAGGUCACACCACUGGUGCUAUCUUCAACCAUAUUUAUGAGCUAAGAGGUCUCAUUUCAGAUGCUCAAUUUGUUCCAUUGGAAUCACUUAACCACAACCAAAAGAUUUCAGUAGAUUCACUUGUGAAACGAGCAUAUGAGAAUUGGAAUAGAGUGGUAGAAUACGAUGGGAAAGUUUUAAGCGCGUUAACUUACCCUUCACCACCUACUCACAACUUGAUUGAAUAUCCGUUUAUAAGUUCCGAUCAAACUCAAACACUAGGUGGUGGUGGUGGUGGUGGUUCAUCAACCACCACCACCACCCACCAAUCAUCACCACCCACCCACUAUGACUAUGUGCCCGGUGCACCAUCUACCUUCACCGGUUCAGAUGGUUGGUCGAGCCAGAGCCCAGACGAUGGACACGGGUUCGGUGACUCUUUCUCGGAGGAAGUCCGGUUAAGAAGCUCGGAGAUGUUGGAAACUGAUGAUAUGCAAAAGCUACUUAGAAGCUUUGGGGUUGGUGUAACGGGGUCAACUUUUGGUGUUUAUGACAACGGUUCAUACGGUUAUCAUAACCAUGUUGCUCAUGAACCACAGGUGGGUCCGGUGGGUCCCGGGCGUGGUUCAGGGAAGGCGGUUGUUGGGUGGCUUAAACUCAAGGCUGCAUUAAGAUGGGGGAUUUUCAUAAGGAAGAAAGCUGCAGAAAGAAGAGCUCAACUUGUUCAACUUGAUUGAUUGACUUUACAUGUGUAGUAGUCGUAGUACUUCUUUAUGUACACUAAAUGUUUGUUUUAUAGAGCUUUUUGUUCUUCAUAAUGCAAUAAUUUUGUCAAUAUGUAAGAUCUUGACCAGCUUAAAUGUUUUCUUACCACUUUAAGAGGGUAUCGACAAGUUUAAUGCUACAAUAACUUGUAUGUAAUGCAUAAAGACACG